AUCUCCAGUGGUCGCGGCCCUGUCUCCAGACUCCAGUGCUCGCAAGUCGCAAGUCGCAACAUCGAGUCCUCCUUCUGUUAAUGUCAUCUCCGUUUGAGAGUGAAACAAUGUCAUCUAAUUCAGUUCCUUCUAACGCUAUUGUGGCUAGUCAACAAACACCAACAGAUUCUAGUCAACAAACUAACGAAGGAAAUGAUGUUAAUGAUAGUAUUAUUCAAAAGAAGAGGCGAAAAACCUCAACCAUUUGGGAGGAGUUUGAUCAAGUUGAAACUGAUAAUGGGAUCAAAGGGAAAUGCAAGUAUUGUAAACAACUAUUCUCGUACUCAGGGAAGGGAGCUAGUACUAGCCAUCUUCGAAGACAUGUCACUGUCUGUUUGCAAAGAAAGUUGCUUGUUUCUUCACAAAGCAAGCAACCCACAAUUCCAUUUCAAUCUUCCAAUCUGAGCAUUAAUCCAUUUUUGACACCGGGUGCUAGAUAUUCUAAUGAAAAGAUGAGGGAAAUAAUAGCUACUGCAAUCAUGGUGCAUGAACAUCCUUUUAAUAUUGUUGAGGAUGAAGUUUGGAUGUAGGGCUUUCAAUAUGCAAAUUCUGAAUUUCAAAAAGUAUCUCGAAAGACAGCAAGAAAUGAUUGUUUAGCGAUAUAUGAGGCAGAGAAGAAACAAUUGAAGGCCUUAUUAGAAGGUGUGA